AAUAUAUUCACUAUAUUUUGUAUGGAUAGACUUGGAAGAAAAUACUUAUUGGCCUCCAGUAUGCUUUUAUCUGGUAUUUGUGUAUUUUUUAUAUGGUUUGUAAGAACUAAAGUAGAGAAUUUAAUAAUGUCCUGUUUAUUUGGUCUUGUUUCCACUGUUGGCUGGAACUCACUGGAUGUUCUUUCAGCUGAACUCUUCCCAACUGAAGUCAGAUCUACAGGAAUGGGUGUUCAGCAAGCUUUUGCCAGAGUAGGUGCUAUUUUGGGUAAUGUUAUAUUUGGAGAGUUAUAA